GCUAUUGUGCAAGUUGUUCUCUGGUGAGCCGGCGAGCUACCGCUUUUCGACGGAGAAUAAGCGAACUAUCGAGGCGAACACGCCGUUUUGCAUUUUGGGUUCAACCCAAAUCACGAAUGCGGCAAGACUCAUUGCCCACAUGAACUUCGGUCAUGGGCCGAUCGAUCGGUUUUUAGUGUCGGCACCGAUGGCAUUGCGCCCAACACUAAACGAGAUAGAAACAGCAAAAGAGAAUCUGAGAGAAGAAGUCACCAGCGACUUCGGAGACGUGUUUGCCAACAUCAAGCUGGCAGAAAACGAGGUGGUGUACACGUUUGAUGCCAACGGCAAGCAAGCGCUGUGCGGCAGCAUCGAACGUUUCGUCGAAGAGGUCAACGAUGCCAUCCUGUCGGGACGAUAUCCACCGAAAUCGAAGACUCCUGAACUGGUACCAAGGCUGGCUACAUCAUUGCACGUACUCAGCCACACACUGGAGAAAGUCCUUGAAGGCGGUGUUCCCAGUGACCCACCAACGAACAUCAGUGCAGAAACCCUCGCCAGUGCAACAGCUUUGGCCAAGUAUCUCGAAUCACAAAAAGAAAUAAUGUGUGAGUUCCUUAAAGAGAUAACAAACUCCGCUUGCUAGAAAGAGCGCAAGCAGCCAACAGGAGACGAGAUCAGAGGACUGGUACUGAUGACACAAGUGCCCCUACUCACGUACAGGAUCUUCAAGCACGGGAAGAGGGCGGCUCGAAUCAUCGCCCGGAAGCGCCGGAUAUUUGUCGGGAAUCGUCGGGUAGUUGUCGGAAAGCGUGAGGUUGUAUGGGCAACUUGUGUGUGUGGUGCGGUGGGGUGGGGGAGGGGCUCUAGUCAUGCGCGAUAAAGGCACUCGCACAUCUAGUAUUUCACCGCAAAGCAAAUACCGCAUUAAUAAAAUGAGUCUAUUCUUUU